AUGUGCCCACGAAGAGAUAACCGCCGCGCCCAGGAGAUAUGCAAAUUAAGCGACUGUCCACUCAUUUGCGAAACAGGUUCGGCGACAAUGCGAUUUUUGCCGCGUCUCCCAAAAAUGACAGGUUGACAAGGCCGACGGCGAUGAUGCCCAGGAACCGCCUCUAACGGCUACAUUUUUGGAUUUUUGGGCUGAAACCAGACCUGAGACUAUAAAAGGCGAGGCUUGGUGGCAGAUGCCAAGCCGCCAUAUCGUUUUGCUUCUGACAAACGGAAAUUUUCAGCCAUGUCCGCCCAAAUGGCUGCCUACGCGGCGGCGAGCAUCGGAGUCUUCUCCAUCGCUUGCUGUGUCAUCUCCUUCCCGCUCAUCCUCAGCCAGCUCAGCGACAUCCGAAACGAGAUGAACGUUGAGCUCGACGCUUGGAAGGUGAGAUUCAUUCCAUAAUCUUCUUAGAUUACGAUCAAUAUUCCAGUAUGAGACUGAUUCGUUGUGGAAGGACAUGCAGAAGUACGGUCGCGUCAAGCGUCAAUACGGCGGAUAUGGCGCUUCUCAGCCAAAUCCUUCUCCACACGUGAGUUACACUAUUUCAAAGUUUUCAAAUUCGAGACCGCAGUCGACAGCAUGUUUCUUUUUUCAUGAUUAUUCUCGAAAUGAUUUUUUUAAUAGAAAGUCCUCCCCCAAAAAAUGCACAUUUGAGAAAUAUUUUUCCAAGCCAUGGUGUUACACUUAAUUUUCUUCAUCGAAAAUAGUCUUCGAUCAGAUGCUGAGCGUGUUAUUGAUCGUCAGCCAUCACGUUGAGUCAUUUUUCAGAAGAAAAUCUUCCCCAUCCAAGCUUUUUCAAACAUUUUAAAAAAACUCGAUGCACUCUUUUAUAUCAAAAGAUCGUCAAUGAACUAUUUCAGAACGGAUUCCCAAGCGGCGGUCCUAAUACGCCUAACAACUUCCCGGGAGUCGUCGGAGUGCCACCACACCCAGACUUUGGAAGCGAGCCAAACUCACCAAACGGACCUUCUGAUCAGUGCAACUGCAAUGCCGACAACUCCUGCCCAGCUGGACCCGCUGGACCAAAAGGAGCACCCGGCGCCGAAGGACCAGACGGACUUCCAGGAGUUCCUGGCGUUGAUGGACAGGAUGCGGAAGAUGCCCAAGCUCAGACUCAACAGUAUGGAGGCUGCUUCACCUGCCCACAAGGACCAGCUGGACCUCCUGGACCAACUGGAAAGCCUGGAGUGCGAGGAAUGCGCGGAGCGCGAGGACAAGGAGCCAUGCCUGGCCGCGACGGAACUCCGGGUGUGCCUGGAUCUCUCGGACCAGUUGGACCACCUGGAGCCGUCGGAGAGCCAGGAGCUGACGGAGAACCAGGCCAAGACACCGAACACGCCAUCGGACUGCCAGGACCAAAGGGAAUCCCUGGACCAACUGGAGAGCCAGGAGACCAAGGACACCAGGUUUGUUUUUAGUCGUGAUUGUUUGUUCUGAUAAAACGAUUUGUAGGGAGACACCGGAGCUCAAGGAAUCGCCGGACCUCCAGGAGAGCGUGGACCACGCGGAGAGGCCGGAGACCACGGCGAGAACGGUCCAGCUGGAAACCACGGAGAAGACGGAGAGCCAGGAACCGACGCCGAGGUACAGCAAACCAUGCCUCUCAGAACAACUGAACUUCCUUUCAGUACUGUCCCUGCCCUCAGCGCAACGGAAACGACGCCCCUGUCUCUUCUGGAGGCUACCGCAACCGUCAUUAG